AUGUCAAAUAUAGAUAAUGAUGAUGAUGGUCUUGCAGUAUAUCGUCUAGCAUUAGCUACUCAAGCUCCAGAAAAUUCUGCAUUAAAACAAGAAAAACGUGCAGAAUUACGUUCACGUUUUUUAAAUGUUCUUGAAUAUUUAAAAACUAAUAAAAAUAUUUCACCAAUUGAACUUGAUUUCUAUCGUGAAUCUUCACUAACAGCUACUCAUUGUCUUAGUAUAGAUUCAAAUUUUUCUCAAAUCUUAGUAAAAGAUUUACAAACAAAAAUUGGUUGUAUGCCAACAGCAUUAAUUCAAGAACAAACAAUUGCAACAGCAGCAGCAUUAAAAGAAAAAACACCAUUUGUGUAUAUCGAUUCUUGUUUAAUUCAAUUAAUCAAUGACGAUGAUGAGCAAUAUGAAGGUUGUUCAUGUGCUACAGAUAAUACUUGUAUAAAUUGCUCAUGUGCAAAUCGUUUUGGUAUAAAUUAUGAUUCAAAUCAUUGUUUAAAUAUGAAUAAAACUGGACCAAUAUUUGAAUGUAAUUCAGAAUGUAAUUGUUCAUUUGAUACAUGUCAAAAUCGUGUCAGUCAAAAAGAUGAUCAAUCAAAAAAUGUUAAAAUUAUUUCAACAUCGAAUAAAGGCUAUGGUGUUAUUACUGAAAAACCUAUUCUUCAUCCAGGUACAUAUAUUGGUGAAUAUGUUGGAGAAGUAUUAUCCGAAAGUGAAGCUCAUCGUCGAAUAUUAUUAACAAAGAAUUUUGAACAUAAUUAUUUAUUACUUUAUAAUGAACAUUCUUCUCAAGCAAUAACAAAAACAUUUAUUGAUGCACGUUAUUAUGGUAAUUGGACACGAUUUAUUAAUCAUAGUUGUAAUCCAAAUUUACAUAUUGUUCCAAUUCGAAGUGAUCAACCAACACCACCACGUUUAGUAUUUUUUACUUUAAGAGAAAUUCAAGCAAAUGAAGAAUUAUCCUAUAGUUAUGGAACAACAGUUGAUGAGAAAUUUUCUAAACCAUGUCAUUGUUCAAGUUCAUCAUGUACUGGUUUUAUGCCAUAUCAAACAACAGAUUAA